UGAGGCGGGCUGGGGGUUUUGCUAAGGAGACGCAUUUGUUUACAAUCACCGCGUCCUCCCCCUCUUCCUCCGGGCUGCGCGGCGUCUGAGGACGUUGGGGCCAGAGCCGCCAGGCAGACGACGAGGGGAAGUAGCCAUGCCUGUCCGCUUUAAGGGGUUGAGUGAGUACAGGAGGAACUUCAAGUGGAGAAAAGCAGAUCAAUCUAAUCCUUGUAGCCCCAUGCAGGAGCAACAAUGGCAGUGGGCUGGACUUCGGUCAGAUCAGCUUGGAAUUGCAAGAGAACCAAAUUUUAUUUCCAAGAGAAGAGUGCCAUAUUACAGAACACAGAUUUCAAAGUCCUUUGAGUGGAACAGAGAUAAUGAUUGCAAGACAGAUAAAUCAUCAGAAUGUGAAGUUCCUCCACCAGUGGAGUUGCACAAAAAUCACAGCAAGGAUGAUAUAAAUCAGGAAAAGACACCUACUGCUCCCAGGCUUCCUGAAAAAAUGCAUCCUAGUUCUGCAGGUUCUAAACUGGAACCAACUGGAGUUCUUUCAGAAAACAAGAAGAAAUUAUUGCCCAAAACUCCAGUGCAUGAAAAUGGAACAUUAGCACCUACAGAAAAGGACUUAGGAAAAAUAGACAAUGGGCUUAAGAGAGUCUUGCAGAGGAAAGCAGGCAUGAAUAUUUUACGGUCCAGUAGCUUCCCCAGAAGUUCUGAGUAUCAAACGCAGUUUGUUUGGAAGACCCCUCAGAAAGUUUCUCCAGUACUUGCAGCAGAUCAGGUUAUUCACAGUGCAAGUAAAUCCAAUCCUGCACACAAGUCUCCUGCAGUUAUUCCUGAAACAGAAUAUGAAAGAUGUUUUAAAGCUUCUCCCUCAUUGAAAGAAGUGAGAGACACAUCUCAUUUGGAAGAGAAAGAACGUUCUGUAGAAUUGUCUCCUGGAGAAAAGAAAGAGAAAAAAGACUCAUUUUCAAAGCUCCCUGAAGAUCCACCAAAAGACAGCAAUUCAGAAACAGAACAGAAACAACAGCAUAAACAAAAACGCAAACCACACUGCUUACAUAGAAGUUGUAGGAAGAUAAACACUGAAUACGGAUCAAAAUUUUUGUCUCCAGCUCAGUACGUGUACAAAGAUGGAGCUUGGUUGCAUAACAGGAGAAACGUACCUGGUCAAGGUUCUCGAAACACCCUAAAUUGCAUGUGGUAUGUGGAGGUAAAAGAACUACGAGAGAAAGCAGAGGCUUACAGGCAAAGGAUACAGGGAACCCACUUCUCCAGAGACCAUUUAAAUCAGCUUCUGUCUGAUAACAACAGGCUUUGGGAUUUGUCUUCAGAAUCAAGUUCAGAAGAAGCCAUUAGCAACAACAUCAGAGCUCUCGAUCUGGCUGGGGUCUCUGAUAAGCAGAUCUCUUCAGGUCCUAAGGCGUUGCUACAACCUGAAUUGUCAGAACAGCUAACCAAAAACAACACUGAGAAGUUGGGCAUAUCAGAUGCUGUCACUGUUCCAGUCAAACGACGUCUGGUUUGGGGUGAACCGGGCGGUGCUGAAAAACUGGAAGAUCUGCCACUGGAGGAAGGAGAGGAAAAAACAAAUAAACAGGAAUCAGAAAACUUUGAAAAAGGAUGUGAUAAGGAUAGCAAUACAAAUAACCAGCAAGGAGGGAAUGUCUCAUUUGUGAGUCCCUCAGGUGAUAGGUCAGAUUGUUCUUCAUCAUCUUCAAGAAAGGGUGGCAGAGUUUCCACACCACAGCUAAGACUUCUCGGUGGAGCCCAAAGAACUCAUCAUGAUCUUACCACACCUGUUACUGGAGGUGCUGUUUUAGUAUCUCCUCCUAAAGUGAAGCCAUCGCCUUUGGUACAGAUAAAGGAGGGUUCUUCAGUAAAUCAGGUAUCAAGAGAAGACACAAAAAGAAAAUCUAGUAGAAAUGAAGUUACACUGCCACCUCCUGCUUCAGCUGCUGGACUGAAAACUCAGGAUCUUUUACCGCUACGGAAAGAUCAGUAUCUUGGACUAGAUCUUUCUGGUGUAAGAACCUCUCCAACUACAGUGUGUUCAGAAUAUACUCCUAUAGUUCCUGCAUUAAAGCCAACAAAGUACUCUGCCUCAUCCUAUUGGAGCCCAUCACGGCGAAUUCAAGGAACUCUCAGGGAUUCAGAGUUUCAACAUAAUGGAAAUGUGACAAGUCCAAAAAAGAUCUGGCUGCAGUUGCCUCUCCAAGAGAGAAACUAUUAUGAUGAAGAUGAUGACAGAUUGUCCCAACUCUCUGCUCGAUCAGCUGCUUCCAGUUCCCUGGCAUCUCAAGUUCUAGAAAGAGCUCAAAGGAGAAAAGAGAACUUCUGGGGCAAGAUGUGAUGUGUUCUGACAUAUCUGGAAAUUGUUUUUACUUGGAAAUUUUAAUACAACUUGGUGGAAAAUUUCAUUUGUAUUAGAUAUGAUAUGAGAAGACAGAAACUGUUGAACUGAACUCUACCUCACUACGUUGUUCUUCAGCUGCAAUACAACAUAUUUCUAUUCCAUGGCAAUUUGUAUGGGAUUUCAGAUGGACUCAGUGCCUGUUUUAAAUGGCAGUGAAGUCAAGGUGCACAUGAUUUCAUCUUAUGUAGUAUCACAAAUAGCUACAGCACACUUAGUGGAGUGGUAAUUUAUAAAAUAAGGCUGAGAUAGGUCUAAGUAAUCUGCAGCCUUUGUUAUGCUCUUGAUCUGCCCAGGAUUAUUGCAACUGUUCUCUUGGCACUCACUGUGCCCAAAACCUUUCCCAGGACAUUUAUAUAUACAUUUCACAUUCCUUACACUGAACCUAUCAGCACUAACCUUCUACUCCAGGGCAGCCUUGGCACUCAUUCAGCCCUACUGACCAAUUAGUUGUGAUUUCGUGGAUGACACUAAAACAUUCUUCACCUACCCUUGGUUGCUCAGACCCCAAUAAUAAUGGGAUUUAUAUUUUGUCUGUUACUCCCUCUAGGGGAGAUGUCAAACUAAUCCUAUUUGUAGUCUAAAAUUACCAAGUAAACUAUAUUCACAAGUGUUACUGUCAUGACCUCAUGUAAUAGCAACUUGAUUGGCUGUUUCGUUCAGUUCCAGGACUUCUGUCCUUUUCUAGCAUUUCAGAGUUCUUAGUUACAUGCAUUAUACUUAUCAAGUAAAAAAUUACAGCCAAUUUACAUCUCAAUAGAUCACAGCUGGGUAUGUCUACAUAAUUUUGGUGUAAUGAGGUACGGAAUGUUCUUAAGCACUUCAAAUCCAAGCGCUCUUCCAUAUAUCACAGAAAAAUAGAAACACAGUUGUAGAGAAUGACAGAUAUGUUUAAAUCACAGAUGUGUUUCUCUGUCAAGAUAACUGAGUUUUAUACAUGUAAUCCCUGUUGUCAAAAAUAGCCAUGUUGAUGGUAAGAUCAUUAAAUAUAUCAUGAUGUACUAUUAACGUCACCACUCUCUGUCUUUAAAACUCGGGUAUUUAAGAACUGGAGAGUGAAGUGUUAUCUGGACAAGAUUCUUCUAUUAUCAGUUCCAGUUUACUGUUUGAGAAUAUUUUAUAGUGUGUGAAGAAGUGAUGGGAUUUAGUUUUUUUCCCUUUAAAGUCCCUAUAAAUUCUCUAAAUAAAAAUAUAAAAACGUUAGAUUUGUAUGAGAAAAAAGAUCCAGUUUUUGUAUGUUUUUAAACAAAAUAAAGAUCAAGUUGUGUUUCAAUCUAAAA